AUGGCCCAAUCUCUGCACAACCUAGUCAAAAAAGAUAAACUAUGGGAGUGGGGUACCAAGGAAAAAGAAGCCUUCCAAGCACUAAAGGAUGCUAUAACUAAUGCCCUGGUACUAGCCCAUGCAGAUCCCACAAAACCAUACUUUCUGGAAAUCAAUGCAUCUGGUGCUACCCCAGGCACUGUGGUCAUGCCUCUAGGGCAUGACAACACUCAUGAUAAGGAACUUCUGGCAAUCAUCCAUUCCUUUGAGCACUGGAGAUUAUUUUUGGAAGAAACCCUGCAUCCCAUCACCAUAUUCACUGAUCAUUGCAACCUCAAGUACUGGAAGGAGUCCCAAACAUUUAACUGCUGUCAUGCCUGUUGGCACCUGCUGCUUGCUGUUGUAGACACACUCAAUGCCACAUAA